CUUUUAGUAAAGGGCAGAUAUCAAUAUUGUGAACAAUGAAUGUUUAGAAAUGUAUGUGGGAUAUAGUUCUGUCAGUGUAUUCGGCUGAAGCUACAGAAAGUCUAUAUGAUGAUGAAUCCAAAAUGUAGAUUCUCAAUUGUUAUCUUCACAAGUUUCCUUCUGAUGCAAGAAAUCAACUCAUUUGCAAAAGAUGGUAAGUUAGAAGCAAUCACUGCUCUCAAUAUAAUUGGAAAUACUCGUACAGACAUGUGCUCUGCGGCUAAUCUUGACUUAACUCUAGAUUUCACACUGUGGAAUGGAUAUACAAACUUAGCUAUUUAUAAUGCUAAUUACAUGUCGACAAGAAUUUACCAGAACAAAGGAACAUUGGAGUCUAUUCCAGAUUUAACAUUCUUUAAUUUUGCAAGAAAUGUCGUUAUCACGGGAUCACCAAAAGUGUUCAGUUCUGGUCUUGCGUUUGAGCCAGGUGUAUUUUCAAGAUACAAAGAGUUUGCACCUUAUGCUUAUUAUAAACAUGGAGUCAUUCGUCUAUACGAUUUAUCUCUUUCUUAUGUUUACACAUCAGUUGAUUCAGAGUGGUAUUACAAACUAAAGUCAAGAAAGUGGGAUAAUGCAUCGUCAAUUCUAACGGAAAUACACCAGAGGAACGGUAGUACGGACAUGAAAGAUGAGAAUGUUGUGUUGUAUUUUGCACAAAAAGAAGAUGGAUACUGGAGUAAACCUUAUUUUGAUUGUGGGUUUAAUAACAUUUGGUUAGUUACAUUUUCUGUGCCUAUAUUUGGACAAGAUGCCACUGGAAAUCCCGUUUUCAAAGGUAUUGCAUUCAUAGAUAUGAACUUAAAUGAGUCUGAUAUCAAUCAAUGUGACAUUGAUGACGAUGAUGAAUCUGCUGAUAUAUUCCUAAAUGUAUUUAGAGGCACUCACAAAUGUCUUCCCAAUACAAAGUGCGAGUUCCAACCUGGAUUAGGUUUUAGAAAAGGUAGUUACAAUUGUUUGCAGGUGAAUGGAUCCUUUUUCAACAGUGAAGGAAGAUUAUUAGUUAUUCUAUUUGGUAUUGGUUUCCAGAUAUUUUGGACUGCUUGGUGACUGGGGAUAAUCAUGUUUUGUUUAGUUUAAAAUUAAUAUUUGUGUAUUUAAUAGUUAUACUUUUUGUCACGGAUGAGUCUUUUGUAGACGAAACGAGAGUCUAGUGUACACAAUUGUAUACCUAGUAUCUAUGAUGAGUUUAUUUUUCAUGUACUUUGCAUAUAUGCGUCAUGUGAGAAUGACAAGAAACAAAAGGCUUCUAAACAUUUGUCAAAAUUUACUUCUACAUUUGUAGAUUUAGCCAAUAACCUCAUAUGCAGAUGUAAAUUUGUUGAAUAUUUUUGCUAUUUACAAUUUUUUUCUAUCUAUUAAAGUUUCGGCAGAAUGGUUA